UGCGGAGUGCACUCUGGGGUGGGCGGAUCGUAGCGGUGUCAGCGACGCUUGGAGACUCACGACAAACUGUCAAAAAGCGGACAAGUAACGCCAUGGCGGAGUUAGACCUGAGUCUGAGUGAUGCGCUGACGGACAGCGUUCCCCAGCCAGGCCCGGAGAGCCUGGUGGAGAGGGACUUUGUGGCUCAGCUGGAAGCAGAGACCUUCGACGAUCAGGUCGGGGAGACGGUGAGAAAGACGGACUACAUCCCCCUACUUGACAACGAUGACACCAGGGCAGACGGGGGUACUACAUUGGAGAAUGGAGAGAAGGAAGCUCAUGGGGUGCAAAAGCCUGGUUGUAAGCUGACCUCCGGAGGACAGAUAUCAGCGUCGCGCCCGGAGCCACAGGGAGAGGUGCGUCCACGCUCACUAGACCAGCAGCAGGCCUCGGCUACAGACCUCCUAUCAGCCUCCAUGGCAGGUCAUUCAGACCCUCUGGGCUCUCAGACCAGCCCUGCCCAGAUGAUGGAUGCUGGCCUGAUGGGAGCUUUUUCAGGUUUCUCCCAGCCUGGAGGGAGGGGGGUGACUGUGGAGGUGGGAGCUGCACCUCUCCAAGCAGACAGGCCUCCAAGUAUAGCAGAACCCCAACAUCUGACCCCUACAGCAGGGUCCGAUGCCCCCAAGGAGCACAGCCCCAUGCUUCCUGAGCCCCAGGUCCCUCGCAGCCCUCUGGAUCUGUCAGGAGGUGCCUUAGGCGACUGCUGGCCAGACCAGGCCGACUGCCUAUCUUCAGACCUCCCUUUCACUCCCAGUGUCUCCUCGGUGAUCAGUCGACAUGCCAGCAAUCUUGCAGCCAGUCCUGACGAAGCGCCUGACAGUUGGCCGAGCCGUGAGAGUGCCGCCUAUGCUGGAGGCGAUGAAAGGGAUGGGGAAGGAUCAGACCGAAAACAGAAGAAGAAGAAGAAAAGACGACAGAAAGAUGAGGGAUCUUACGAACACGGUGAGAGCAGAGGCCACGGUGAAGUGCAAGCACUGGGAGAAAACACUCCCCCAGCAGAGGAGUUCUAUCAUAGGAUCGGCCCGAGGAGGGACAGAGGAGAGGGUGGCUGGGAGGAGCAGCUUGGAAAGAGUGGAGGCCGUGGCAAAAGGGGUAAGAACAGGAAGAAGCUUCCAGAAGAGUGGGGAGUGAUGGCAGAACCAUUUAUUCCUUCAUCUGCAGCAGCUUCUCAGAUUACAGAGGAGAUGAUGAUGAAUCUCGGCAGUGCAGCUCACGUACACCUGGAGGCAGACUUAGACACCAGCCCCUGGAAAAAGGAGGUGUAUUCAGGUGAAGGUCUGAUCCCUGCCCCUCUCUCUGAGGAUCUGUUCUCCCCAACAAUUGCCACUAUUAGUCCACUGGUCCUGAACAGUGAACUGAAAGCCACAGCAGCUCCAUUCACUAUGCCCUCCACCAACAACAACACAGCACUGGGCUCUUUGCCUGUUGCUCCUCCCUCUGAUGAUCCGUUUGACCUCCUGAUGGAUACUGAAAACGCCAGCUUGGGCCACAGCAACCAGCCCUUCUCUCCACCUUUCUCUCCAGAGAAUGAAGCAGCAGGUGGUGAUAUGGUUGACAGCGGCAUGUUUGACAACACUAGUUCCCCCCAAGAAUCUUGCAUACAAGGCCUGCCAGAGGAAGACACCUCAGCCUUCAGCCCUGCCUCUCAAGCUAGCCCAGGCCUCUCCCCCAAAGGUGAGGUGUUAGCCUCAGCCCCACCUCUGUCACCUUCUGAUGCCUCAUGGCUUCGGAACGACUCCAACAUGAGCAGCAACAGUGAGCUGUUUGACUUCAGUGACAUGAGCACUUCAGGUCAUCCGUUACCUUUAGGCCUGUCCUUCGACACCCCGAGCCCAGCACCCCUUCGCUCCCCCAAAACCACAGCACAAGAGUUCCAACCUAAAGAGCACAAAGAUGCCAAAUCAACCCAGAAACAGUCCAAGAAGUCACGUUCUUCUUCAUCCUCAUCAUCUGUUAAAAUUCCCACAUCCCCAGAAGCUAAGAAGUUCUCCCCACAGACAUCCCCUGUCCCCACCCCUUCUUCCCCUCCAUCAGUCAACCCUCUGGGACCUCCAGGAUCUGGUCUUAACCCUGCAGCUAAGCCCUUCUUUCCCAGCUUUGCUGAUCCCACCGAAGAACCAACCGUGGUCCCUCAAGUUGUCCCCAUUGAAGGAAAAUCAGACAAGAUGGAGAAAUCCGAGAAGAAGGAUGAGAAACAUGAGGACAGUGUGAAGAGGGUGGACCUGUUUGACCCUCUGGAUAAACCUGAGCAGAAGAGUGUAAAGGUUGAAUACGUCAGCAGUGAGAUCCCAGACAAGCUGGAGACGGAAGUGGAAAAAGAGAAGGAGAAACAGAAGGAUAAGGAGCCAGAAAAGGCUAAAGAGCAGAAAGAGGCAGAUAAAAUAAAGGAGACAGAGAAGCAGGCAGAAAAGGUCGAUGAAAAAAAGAAGGAAGCAGAAAAGAUGAGAAAGAAAGAGACAGAGAAAGUGGAAUCAGUGCAGCAGAAGGAAGACAAAGAGGGUAAAAUGCACAAGGCAGAAGAAUCUCCAGACAAACUGGAUACGACAAAUAAAAUGGACAAGACAGAUAAAGUCGAAGAAACAGAGCUGACAGACAAAGUAGAGAAAGUGGAGAAAGCAGAGAACAUGGAAAAGCUAGACAAAACUGAGACACCCAAUUCUGAAGAAAAAGUGGAGAACAAAACCCCUGAGAAGAUGGAGAAACCAGAGAUGAAGGAUGACAAAGAGCAACACAUCAACAAAGCUGAGAAGACCCCAGAGCCACAGCCAACACCCGUCAAGCUCGAUACCGGUUUUGACAAGUUGGAGAAGAAGGAUGACACAGAGAUGAAGACGACAGCUGAGCUGCAGGACGCCAAGAUAGAGCAGGCCGACACCGACGAAGCCAAGGAGAUGGAGAAAGAGGAAGAGGCUGGGAAACAACCUGAGAAGCCUGCAGAAAAACCAGCACAGAAGAACGAAAAGGACGAGAAGCAGGAUAAAGUGCAGGUGGAAAAAAAGACUGUCGAGAAGAAAGAUGACAAGAAGGACAAGGCAGCAAAAGCUGAUGGAGGAGAGAAGGCCAAGAAACCUGCAAAACCUGCAACUAAUGGAAGCAGCUCCACACCGAGCAAAGACCUGGCAGACAAGAAAACCAAGCCUGUUGCCGGGGCAACCAAACCGAGCACCGCUGCCAAAACACGUCCAAGCACCGCGAUCGCUGGUGGUUCAGCGGCAGCAGCCACUAAACGCCCCGCGUCCUCCUCCACCCUCACCUCAGACAAAAAACCAGACACAGCCAAGGCUCCAUCCACCACUGCUGCUGCUGCUGGGCCUAAGUGGCCCUCCACCACCUCCACCAGCCGCCUCUCAUCCACCACCACCACCGCUACACGUGACGUUAAGCCCAAGGUGACCUCACAGAAGCGCCCCCUGGUGCCAAAAGCGGCCUCAAGUCUACCCGGCUCCACCGCUGCCACCAAAAAUGGAACCACAGCAGCCAGUAGAAGCACUACGUCAGUGCGUACGACCACGUCUACUCGCACCACCACCACUGCUGCAGCCAGAAGGCCUCUGGCCUCGAAGACCGACAGCAAACCAGGAGAGGAGAAGAAGCCCAGCACUCUGAAGACAUCUACAGCUGACUCCACCAAGCCCAAGACCACCACCACCACCACCCGCAGCACCGUUUCCACCACUGCUGCCUCUCGCACUCGACCCACAGCAUCCAAACCAGCCACACCAUCCUCCACCACAGUAGCAGAGAAGAAGUCCCUGGUGCCCCGCGCCCCUCGGACCACUUCUUCCACCACAGCUACCACCACAACCACCUCCUCCAGGACUCGCCCCAGCACAGCGCCAGCCCCUGACAUCCGCAACGCCCGCUCUAAGAUCGGCUCUACAGACAACGUGAAGCACCAGCCUGGAGGAGGGAAGGUGUUGUCGUUGACCCGGGUGGGCUUGUCUCCCCAGGUGUCAUCUGCCUCUCAGAACAGGGGCAUCGCCUCCAAAGAAACCAGCAAAGUUCAGAUAGUCUCCAAAAAGCUGGACUUCAGCCACGUCACGUCACGCUUGGGCUCCAAGGACAAUAUGAAGCAUGUUCCUGGUGGAGGGAAUGUGCAGAUACUGAACAAGAAGGUGGAUUUGAGCAAGGUGACAUCAAAGUGUGGCUCCAAGGACAACAUCAAGCACAAGCCUGGUGGUGGCGAUGUGAAGAUCGAGUCCCACAAAAUGAGCUUCAGGGAAAAGGCUCAGUCCAAAGUGGGCUCCAUGGACAAUGUGAGCUAUUCUUCUGGUGGAGGAAAUAUCAAGAUUGAGUCUUUCAAGCUCAACUUCCGCGAGAAUGCUCGCUCUCGCACGGACCACGGCGCCGACAUCAUCACCUGGCCAUCCCCCCAGGACAACAGCCCCCACCCACAUGGUUCCACCUAUUCUCUGCACCACCACCACAACCAAAACCACCACCCGACUCCCCGCAGCGUCUCCCUAAUUGAGUCUCUGGCCUCUGCCGGCUGUGUCAGCUCCUCCUCCUUGCUGCAUCUUCAGGUGGAGGUCCAGGGGGAUGGCAGCAGCUCUGGAAGGGGAUCUUGACCUUUCUGGCCCCCUAGAAACCCUUUUUACCUUAAAUCUGUCAUUGCAAAGUGCUCAGUCAUCCUGUCAUCAUUAAACACCAUCAUCAGCACCUCCUCUAUCUGACUGAAGUGACUGUACAGACGAUGCUUAGGCCUCGGUGGGAAUCUGUGUGAAGGGAAAUGAGGGAUGGUUGCAGUUCCUCCCAGCCAGCUGACCUGGAAUCAUUGAGUUUUACUUGGAUCUCUUUCCCCACAGCCUGGUGGUGGACUCUCUGGCCCCACAUCUUCUCACCUCCACAUCCCCAACAACAACAGCAAUCACUUCAUUUGUCAACCAAACAGCAUGGAAACCUGACUCACCUCAUAGCUUCUCUUCUCCUUGUGACUGUAAGGGCCAUUUGUUUCCAGUAACCACUCACUCUCUGCUUCAGUUACACCAUAGUAGUUCAGUGUCCACGUCAUCAUCACAUACCAUAUACAAGCUGACAAACAAAAAAGCUAGACAACAUUAGGCUGUUUGACCCAUUAGGCUCUUGGCUCUUUAUUCUGUGUUUGUGAUGAUGUGUUUGAGUGACAAAAUUGUGUAAAAAUGAGCUUUGUUGUACUGUUCGGAUCUUAUUUUCCAUUUUUCUCAAGUUUUCUUCUUUCUUUCCUCUUAAGUUCCUUGAUUUGAAAACAAGGUUGUAUUUAUUUAUUGUAUGUCUUCCUGUAUGAGCAAUAUAGCGGGCAGUCUUUUUUUUCCGAUAGCACUCAGAAAAUCUUGGAAACACGCACAGGUUUUUAUAAACCAAGACACACAUUUGAAGAAGGAGAUGAGAUGCAGACGGAGGGAGAAUGUUGAGGAGAAGGUGUGUCCAAAGGGGUAAAACAGAAGCAUCUGAAGAGUUUUUCUUUUAUGGUAAGAUAGCAAAAGACCUGAAAGUCUUUGAACUGCAAUAGAAGGAGUUUAGUGACGUAGAGAAGCUUUAAGUGAGAUGAGGAGGAUGUUUAGAAGCUGCAGAUGGGAAAUGUCUGUGAAGUGGAGGGAGCUGUGUGUCUCGUAUGUGCCUCCUGUCCGUCUUACCUGAAAGCAACAUGAGGGGAACAGAAUCAAGCCUCAAACUGCUCAGAGAGGGAAUAUCGCAGUUGACAAAACAGGGAAGUGAAAUCCUAGGAGCAACCUGGUAUUGCUGUUUUAAGGAGUUCUAUAAAUCCAGCUGUCCUGCUAGUUGUGUGUAGUCAUGGUUUUGUCCCAUUUCAGGCAUUUCUAUGAGGGUCAUGGUAGCAUGCUGACUAAAGCUUCAGCUAAGUCCAGAAACAUCUCUAAUAGUGUGUGUUCUUGUUGGAGUGUUGGAACAUGACGUGGCUUUAUCCUCUUCUCUUGUAGCAAUGUAUUCGACUGUUGCCUCCAAUUGCCUUUAUAAUGCAUGACCAGAUAACAAUAUCAUGCCCAGAGCUGAAAGUGCAUUAUGACUCAAAGUGUUGUGUUUUGGUAUGUGUUUGAUAUGUAUAUCUCUGGGGGCAGUCUUAGACAGCGGACUUUUAAUGGAAAUGGACGGAGUGUGGAAUAGCUGUAGUUUGGCCUUUUAGUAUUGCGAUUUGAUUCCACAGCUUCAAUAUAGAUGUAAGUUUGUAUUCACUGACUCCAUGGUCCAGACAUACUGAGAUCUACUGCUUACAGGAUGGUAUUUAAGAAUUUUUUUAGUAAAAUAUUAUUCCCAUGAUUUAUCAGCUGCAGUAAUAAUCAGCUCUGUCAAAUCAAUUGUGGUCAUUAUUCACUCUCUGCUUCUGUCUGGAUGAUCUCCUUAGAAGAAUAGCUUUAGCUGCUACAUAUUCCAGCGUGUCCUCCAGCCAGCUGCUGACUGUUUGCUAUCAGAGCGUUUUCCACUGAGAGCAGCUACCUGUUGCUGUGUCAAAACACAAGAGUGGCGAGAAGAAAAAACGCAGGGAACGACCUGAAAGACGCUAAAGAGCUCUCUGUUCUUCACUUAUUGAUUAGUGCAGUUUUGGGAAUUUUGUCUUUUAAAAAAAUUUAAAUCAGGAACCGCCUGAUCAAAGAUGUUGGAUGUAUACUAUACCGUUUUCCGAAAUAAAAGUACUAAUUAUUCACAGAACUACUUCAAACACAAGACAAAACGGGAUACUUCCAGUUUCUCUAGUGUUACAGAACCAGUGCAUAUGAAAACAGAAGUUCAUUUCCUAAACAAAGCCAGGAGAGAAAAAAAACAGUUUAUUGAAUUUUAUAUUUACAACUUCACAAUUCCCCUCUGGAGAUAACAUUAAACUACAAAAACACUUGAGUUUUUCCCACUAAAGUGGACCUUACUAAUGAUUUGUAGAAAAGCUUUGAUGAAACUAAACUGCACCUUAAUGCUUUAAUAGAUCAGAGGGGUGACUGUGACGGAGUGCUGGUGUUUAACUAGAGAAUUAGCUAUUUAUGAAUAAAUGAUCUUAAUUGACUUCAUGGUUAAUGAGCUUAACACAUGAUGACAUAAACUAAGCAAUAAACUGACUUCCAGUCCCCCACUUUUUGGCUCAGUCAUUCUGUAGAUCACACUGGAAUCUCCCUGAACAAAAUACUGUUUUGUUUGGCAGAAAAGGGCAAUGAUUUCUAAUGACUGUCUUUGGAAAGUGGGAGUGUUUCUCAUGCAGAUUUUGGAGUGUUGCUAAAAGAGCACAAUAGUCUUUGUGUGUGUCUUCAAGCUAAAUUCUUCCUCGUGCCUGUCCUCAACUAAAUUGUAGCUUGGCUUUGACUCUGGAGUUUUUACUGACCACUACUUAUGAGAUUGCACAUGGAUGUAUAUAAUUAUGUUAUUGCUGAUGCACUCUUUAUGGCCCUAAAGUACAAGGACAAAACAAAGGACAGCAACAGCAGUGGAGGGUGGUGAGCAGGGGGCUUUAAAGGAUGCUUUAAAGCAUCCUUUAAAGUCCCAAAAUGUUCUUGUGUUGCAGGUACAUGGGCCAGACGUGGCCAUCGAACAUUAAUGGUUUUAAGGGGAGGUUUUAUCAUUACCAUUAUGGCUAUUAUUUCACUAUUAGUAUGACAAAUUGAAAAUGUUUGCCUUUUUCAUUAGAAAAAGGCAAACAUUGUGAAGUGAAAGAAUGUCUUUUGAGAUAUAUUGUACUAAAGAUGCAACACUUCUGUAUAUGUAUUUAUGGUUGUGUUCCUGUAGCCUCGUGGUGAUUGUGCUCUCUGAUCUGCAGCAGCCAGAUUCACCAACACGAAACCCCAACACUUCAAAUCUCACACAUACUGAUAAUAUUUAUAUUUCAAGCAGCAGCUUGAUUUAGAAAUGCUGAUCUGAAAAUAUAGAGCUGUUCAUUAAUUAAGACACUUACUGUAGUGCACACAAUUAAAUCAUGUACACAAGCCCAGUCUUAAGAGAUGAGAUGAAAAUAAAGUUCUGAUUAGCUGGAAAACUUUUCUACAAGUAUUUGGUGACCUAUUAUGAGAGAAUAAAGCUGAGUGGGAAUGAAGCUAAUGUACCUAAAUCACAUGACACAGUGACACAGGGAAUUGUUGAAGCAGGCCCUAGUCGUAGAUAAGAGGCCUGCCAUUUGGGAGUACUGCAUAUCAGAGAGCAGCAACCUGCCUCAGAGGGGCCCUAACACUGUUUGAGGUUAAGAAGACUAACUGUAGCUGUCAGGUUUGGCUUGUGUAAUAGAUGCUCCUCAGAAACCUGGAGGAGCACCGUAGAGCUUCAUCUAUUGCUACCACAUUCACACAGACACGCAAGUGUAACACUAGCUAACCAACACCUGCUGUACCUGCAGAGCAUGCUGAGAAACAACAAUGGGAUGUGUUAGGUACAUUUAUUAUGUCAUUUGCAGAACCUCCUCAUUGUUUUUUUUUUUUUUUUGUGUGUUGGUUUUUUUUUCAUUAAUUUGAAUUUUAUUUUUCGGUUUGGAAAAGUGUUUAUUGUGAUUACUUGUUAAUUAGUGAUGUGAUUAUUAAACAUGAAAUAAAUUGGACUAAAACUCUCA